AUGUCGACGUCCACGAACACUGAUAGGCCGCCCGCCUUUGUGGUCAAUCUGGAGCCUCCUGACCCAUCCACGGCAGCUCAACGGCAUAUCGCGGACAUGGUGAAGAAAGGGUUCAUCUCCGUGUCUGAGGCCAGCAAGCGCUGGGCAGAAGAGACCGUCACGGUUGAAGAACGCACUCCCUCACAGGCUCCAAGUUUUGAAUCGGCGGAAGAUCCCGGAGCUGUGCAACACUCACAGCCUCUCUCACGCUUGGGAUCUUAUAUUGGCAUGGGGAUCGACGGAAUCCGCGGUGCUUCGACUACAAGCAGUACUAGACGCACCGGGCCCACACCUGCUGCCGUCCCGAGGGGUCAUCCAGCUGCAAUUAUCGCGCAUGCAACGGUGGAGGAUCCAUGGAGGAUGUCUCAACGACCCAUCAAUAGGGGUACCUAUGUAUCGACGCAACAUCGAGGACUCUACAAUGAACAUGCCGCAGCUCCGUCAUCGUGGAAGAGACAAUACUACACAGCAUCGAUGUCCGUGGACCAGGAGAUUCCUCCUCGUCUGAAUCGUGACUUAUCAAGCAGUUCACGGCUUCAUGAUGUCUUCACUUUUCUCUUCGACACAGGGUCCUCCAACACAUGGGCCCGGAGUGCAUACUGCCGUCGCCUCAUCAAACCUUGGAAUUCUUCAAGAAGGGACGAACUUUACGAUGACUCGGACCAACUCCCGCUUGGGCCUGAUAUCGUCGUUCAGCCGUACAAUCAAAUAAUAUGCGACUGGCCCUCCUCGGUGCCGCAACUCGAGACGGAUCCGCGCCCCGAGAUCUGGUCACUCCAUCUAAACCGGGGGCUCGUUAACGAUAGGUUUCACGAUGCGCGCAAGUCGAAGAGUCGUGAUGGACUGGACGUUUUGACCCUGUCACGCGAAAACGCUGAGUAUGCCGGCGAAGCGUUGUAUGCAGCAGGCCCCACAGCACUCCUCACGUUACAGAGUAAAACGGAUCAGUGCUUCUUCAUGGAUGCGUAUGACUGGGGGACGAGGAGCUGGGACAAUGGUGGCCCUCGUUUCACGUUUCGAUUUGCCGCUGCUUAUGCGGUCGCGGUUGGGUUCGCAACAUUUCAAUGUCACGGAAUUCUCGGUCUUAGCCCUGAAAAGCCGUCGCAGUCGGUUGAAGGCGGGAUCAUCCUCUUCUUUCACUUAGUAUUGCAGCAAAGGAAAAGCUGGGCAGCAUUCAACACUUGGCCUUGCGCAAAGAUCCCCAACUGGUCUCCUGAUAUCGCGGUUUUCCCUUUCCCCGGGCCCAACGGAGAACUCGGCUGGAAUGUCCGCGUUGUAGAGGUCAGGAUCAUCAAACCAGACGAGGGGCUUUGGGGCCUCAGAAGGUACUCGAUCAUGUCAAAGUACUCGACCUCGUUUGAUGUGCUUUUGGAUACAGGCACCAGCAUCUCAUACCUGCCGCAUAGGCUUAUUAAUGCACUGCAGGCGGGAAUGUUCGGACAUACAAUCCGGAAGGUAUCCGAAGCAGACAGCAACGCGUCGAGACCCCUCUUCACAGUUGGUCCCAACCAAGACAUGCGUACUGGUUUGAGGCUCGAGUUCGUGUUCAAAGGGAGAUACGAAGGCUCGCGUAACGUCACCGUCACCGUCCCCUUCGACCCCUUUGUUUACACACUCAGCCCCAACCGCAUCGUCCCGGGAAGAACACCCUCCAAUACGACCGGUGAACGCGAAUGCUUGCUGUGGCCUACCGGUGCGCCUUCAAGUACCGAAUCGGUAUCCCUGAACAUCCUCGGAUUGGUAUGUCGCUCCGAAUGGCAGUGA